ACGUGUCUCUUCACAACAACAACAAAAUGACGACCGGGUGCCUGUUGGCCGUGCUGGGCUGCCUCUCCCUCCUGACUGGGGCACACGGCUAUUUUAUCACCGUGGACGCCCAUGCAGAAGAAUGUUUCUUCGAGAAGGUGACGGCGGGCACAAAAUUAGGUCUGGCAUUUGAGGUUGCUGAGGGAGGCUUCCUUGACAUAGACAUCAAGAUCUACAACCCCGAGGGGAAGACCAUCCAUGAGGGUGAGCGCGAGUCCAAUGGGAGGUACACCUUCCCUGCCAGCAUGGAUGGCGUCUACACCUACUGUUUCUCCAACAAGAUGUCCACUAUGACGCCCAAAAUUGUCAUGUUCACGAUGGAGGUGGGCGAUGACACCAAGGCUGAGCACCAUGCACCCAACGCUGAGGAAGGUGAGCAGGCUGGAGGGAACAAGAUGGAGGACAUGAUCAAGGAGCUGUCGGCGGCACUCUCUGGGGUGAAGCAUGAGCAGGACUACAUGGAGGUGAGGGAACGCAUCCACCGCUCCAUCAAUGACAACACUAACUCGCGGGUGGUGAUGUGGUCGGUGUUUGAGGCCUUGGUGCUGGUGGCCAUGACCAUUGGACAAGUGUAUUACCUCAAGCAGUUCUUUGAAGUACGGAGAGUUGUAUAAGUGUAGUUGUCUGGUUAAACUUGGGUGUAUUAAAUUCUUCCGAACUAAUCAUAAGUUCCCCGGAUUUUCUGUGCUUGUUUCUUUAUGAUCGUUUUAAAAAGGAGAAAGAGAGAGCAAGGAUUCCUUUGUAUAUUGUUGAGUUUUAUUACUUCUUGUUGUUGUGUUUCACUUGUGUUUCUCACAUUCAAAAUCAAUGGUAAUUUAUUGACAUAUUUAUCUGUAUAGGUUUAUUGGCUCUGGGUGGGAGUUUGAAUUUCUGGGAUAGUACAUUUACCACAGUCUUGAGAGUUGUGUGAAUGAUUAAGAUUCUGAGAUUGUUGGCACUAAGAAUGACUUUCUGUAGAUUAGGUCAGUCCAUUCAGCCAUGGACUGAGCUUCAACUAGAUUACCAAUGCACUCUUUCAUUACUAUAUUUUUUUACAAUACAUGUUAUGAAUUUUCUAUCAUAGCAACAAACAAAUGGAUCUGUUCUUCAUUUUCUUUAGGUGCCAGAACUUGAGAGCUGUUAAUUAGGUGUUUUGUAUAUGUACAUGUUUUAAAGUUUCGAUGUGACAGCUUAGAAACUUUAGCUUGCCCAUUUAAACUCAUCUCAUUGCUUGUACUGAAACAGCUACAAAAUUUGAGUGCUUUAAUGUUCUUGUCCAUUUUUAUUAAAACUGGUGGAAAAC